AUGAUUUUAAUUAAAAUGAUUAUUCUAAAGAAAUCUACACAGAAACUAGGUAAGAAUUAAUUUAGAAAAUAUAUGAGAAUUAAAGAUUAGGGAAUUUUUUAAUUUUUAGUUAACCUAAAAGUUCUAGAUCAUAAAAUUGAUAAGGGGGAAUCAAAUUCUUUUAAUUUAUAAGUUGAAAUGAAAGUUAAUUUAAAUAGCAAUCCUUUAAAACAUCAAGAUUAAAGAUACUUCUUUGAUUGGAGCAAUUAACACUAGUGUAAUUUGAGGGAAUCUGUAUUUUCAAAUGUAUACAUAAGUGGUGCCAAUUUAAAUGGAGCUUUAUUAUUUAAUUUUAUAUGGAAUAAUUAAAAAUGCAGGAAUUACUUUAAACUCGAUGGUCAUAAUGAUUAUGUCCUAUCUAUUUGCUUCUCUCCUGAUAGUUAUUAAUUAGUUUCUUGUCGUAAAGAUAAUUCUAUCCAUUUAUGGAAUAUAAGAACAGGAAAAAAAAUAACCUAAUUAAAUAGUCUUUAAUAUGAUGUCUAUUCAAUCUGCUUUUCUCUUAAUGGCACUACUUUAGAAUCGAUUCGUCAGGAUAGUUUUAUUUUUUAAGUAAUGUUAAGAUAGGAAAAAAACUAUGUAAAUUAAAAUGUCAUAACUAAAUUUUAAAUUCAUUAAGCUUCUCUCCUUAUGGUAAAAUAUUAGCUUCUGAUGGUUCAAAUAAGUCAAUUAGUUUAUUGGAUGUAAAAAAGGACUAUAAAGCAUAAUUUUAGAUGGUCAUAGCGGUAGAGUUCAAUUAAUACGCUUCUCUCCAACUAGCAUCACAUUGUCGUCUUCUAGUGGAGAUCUUUUUAUCCAUUUAUGGGAUGUUUAAAAAAGGCCAAUAAAACUUUCAAUUAUAUGGUCAUAGUAUAUUGA